GAACCGGAUUCAGUAAAAAAGAAAUUGGGCUGUACGAUAACCAAAACAUUUUACUGUAUAAUCUAUAAUUUUUCAAUGUACAGAUAAGAUAAAAACAUGAAGUUAUUAACGCGGCUUUAGUUUUUCUCUAUCUGUCAUACUCUAGUGUCACGCUAAUCGCUAUUUUGUGUGUUCGUGAUUGUAAUUGGAUCCUGGAUAUUGUGGGGAAUACCAAGUGAGCUAAUCGAUGGCCGAUUAAGUGUUUCAACGCUACAGAAAUUGGCGGGUUCCCUUGGUCGUGGUGACUCAUCAAAGUUCCCGGACGGUUUUUCACUAUGGAGACUGACGAUGGUGAAUCCUCUAGCAGUGGUCCUAUGUCGAGCCUGAAUAGCCUAUUCUCCUUCACGAGCCCCGCUGUGAAGAAGCUUCUUGGCUGGAAACAGGGUGACGAGGAAGAAAAAUGGGCAGAAAAAGCAGUGGAUAGUCUGGUGAAGAAAUUAAAGAAGAGAAUGUCGGAUGCAGCGAUAUUUGUACAGAGCCGCAACUGCAACCACCAUCACGGCUUCCAUCCCUCCACCGUCUGCAAGAUACCUCCGGCAUGUUCUUUGAAGAUAUUCAACAAUAGAGAGUUCGCUCAGUUGCUAUCCCAGAGUGUUAAUCACGGUUUUGAAGCUGUUUAUGAGUUGACUAAAAUGUGUACAAUUAGGAUGUCUUUUGUGAAGGGUUGGGGGGCGGAGUACCAUCGUCAGGAUGUGACGUCCACCCCCUGCUGGAUUGAGAUCCACCUUCAUGGUCCCCUGCAGUGGCUAGAUAAGGUGCUUACGCAGAUGGGUUCCCCUCACAAUGCUAUCUCGUCGGUAUCUUAGCCCGACCUCCAUACUUAACCCCCACCGUAUCCCAUGUUGAAUUUCAAUAACUCGAUAAUCUCAAAAAAGAAGCAUUGUUAUAACCUUUUCCGGAACUGUGGCUUUUUGUAUAUUUACUUGCAUGAAACUAAAUCUAAUCUUAUGUUGAAAAUAGGACUGGUAUGGAACACAUGUUCGUACCUACUGAAAAUUUGAUAUCAUAAUCACAUCUGCAAUCCUUAGUGGUAAGCAGAGACCAUGGACCAUUUGGCUCCAUGAUAUUAUUUUAAUAUAGAUAAUGCAUUUAUUAUGGUUAAUUUACGAUAUCAUUUAAUUAAAAAAAAAAAUUAAACACAAAAUUUUUCGUCACAGUUUCGAUUUUUUUAACAUCCCUGAAGUAAUGUACCAAUGGAACUAAUAUAUCUGAAAUAUUAAAAUAUUUGUCGAGCCCCAAAAUUUGUUCUUGAAUAAUUCAGCUCAAGUUAUGUGUCCAAGUAAAUUUAAACGUAAGACGUAUUUAGUGUAACUAUUAUAAAGACAUGUAUAUGUUAAAAAGUGAAUAUACUCGUGAAUGUUUAUGACAACAAGAUAUUAUUUGAUGUAAAUAUGUCUGUUUGUAUUGAGGUUACAUUCAAGUAACGUCAACAGUUUGACAGAAGCUGGCAACACUAAAUGUCUACUGUCAAUUGUACACAUAAAUUACCAUUGAAGGUAAUUUUUUUAUAUGGUAAUCAUAAUUGAAAAAUGACAAGCGAUUUUACAACUUUGUAUAUGUCGUUUAAAUAAAUACAAUUUUAUAUCUUUUACACAUGCACAUAUUAAGAGAAAAUAUAAAAAGGAUUUGUGGCUCCACAAAUUAGGAUACCAUUUUUAAGAUGUAAAAAAUAAACGAUUAUUGCGACGAAUGUUUAUAAAAAUUUGAUUUACAUAAGUGAACAUUACCUUUUGUGUCACUUCAUAAUUUUUUUAUUACAUGACAAUAGUUUUUUAAAGUUUUUUUGAAUAGAAAUCAGUCGAAUUUUAAU